GUAUCUCUCCCACCCUUGGUAACACUCUACUACUAGAGUUUGUUCAUCGGAUUUGGUAGAAAUAGGAUUUUGAUGAAUUUCUCUUCGUUGUAAUGCACAUUCCAGCUCGGCAGGGGGCGCUAGUGCAGCAACUCCCUAGAAAUCUAAAAAGAAGAAGCCGCGUUAGAAGCGCAGCAUGAUGGGAUAUGAGAGUCCUCCGGCGGCGCGUUGCCGCCAUGUCACCUAGAGAGAAACGUUUAGCUCUUCUCUCUUUUAUAUGCGUCGCUAGUCUCGCUCUUUAUUAUCUUCCCACGUUUCUUUGCGCAACUUUAAUUAUCGCUGUUUGUUGUAUUGUGUGUUACUAUCGCAGCGGGGAACCGCUUCCCGCCAGGUUAGGCCUGAAUCCGCGGGCUGGACUGCUCAUCCCAGGUGCGCUCAGGCGCUGGUGGCUGGGUUGGGGGGCGACCGGCGUGUCGGUGUCCGCGCGGGGGAGGACGAAGAAUACCACCGACAGAGCCGAGCUGCGGGAGACGGAGAGAUACUCCAGACAAAGGCCCGGCGACGCCGGCGUCUACCGAGGGGCAGCCUUGGCAAGUGACUCGUUUCUUUUCAGUCCCCGGGAUUUCCUCAUGGGCAGUUACAUCGGGAAACCCGAGAGUCCGACGGCCGAGUCCGGGAGGCCGAGGGCAGUGAGGAACCCCCGGGAGCAGCUGCGGGAAAAGCUCUCCAGACCCAACCAUGCCGUCUUCACGCCGAACAGGAGGCUGUCAUUCGCCGGGGAGCCACUGGGAACAGUGGGCAGGUUCACCAUCACCCCCCAGCGUCACUACCCCCUGCAGCAGCCGGGUGCCUCGUCACUGGGGGUCCUGCCUCCUGUCAAGUGGGAUGGCUUCAGGAAGAAAAACAUUCUCAGCCCGCGUAACUCCCCGGCCGCCCUCAGUCCUGUCACUGUGAAGAUCGCCAGGCCCAACCACAGCACCCCCAGUUUUGAGCAUCUGAGUUGCGCCGGGCUCCCACGAGCCCCUGCGGACCCCUGCUCCAGAGAAAGUGUCCUCAGGGUGUUGAAGGAAAGCCGCAAGAGAGAAGUGGAGGAUGAGGACAGGAGCUUCAUAACCGAGCAGAAAAGCAAACGAAGACGCAAUGACAGCGGUGGAAGUGCACACUCUGCUUUUGAGCCUCGUCUGCCCAAUGGGACACCGUUACAGCUGGUCCCUAAACCAGGAAGCCUGAAAAGAGGGAUAUCUUCACUGGCAGAGGAGUCCAUCAUGAAGAGGUCUCGCACCUCCUCCAUCAGCUCUGGCAGUGGGGUCCAUGCCCCUAGAGGAACCCCAGGCACAAGGAGAAACCCUAUCUUCAGCUCCUACAGUUCCUCACUAGGCCUCAGCCAGAGGAAGAAACAGUCAACACCCAGCUCCCCUCUGUCCAGCCCUGGAUCAUCUCGCUCUCAGACUCCAGAGGGAGUCUCCAAAAGACCCAGAGAGGAUGACGGACAGAGUCCCAGCUCAGCAUUCUCGGUGAAGUCAGACCAGACAGCCUCCAACAAGGCACCUGUUAGAUCCAAACUGAUUCCAGUCCCCAAGGUCCCCGUCACUACCUCAACAGACUCUACUGGUAGUGGUGGGAAGAGGAAAAGGAAGAUCCAGUUGGUGUCCAGCCACCGGGACGAUCACAUCUCUCUGCCCCCACCUCCAGAGCUUGGCUACAGCAUCACGGCGAAAGACCUAGAUGAAGAGAAAAGAGCUGCCAUCAGCAAGAUCCAGAAAGUCCUGGAGACACCUGCUCCUGAGCCAGAGAAAUCUGUCUCACCCCCAGCCACCACCACUGCCCAGCCCGCCUCCUCUACCAUCUCUACCGCCACCACUACCCUGAGCAGCCUCCUAGCGGCUCCUCUGCCUACAGCAUCCAGCGCUGCCAUUCCAGUCAUCAACCUGGAUCCCAGUCCAGGCAGCAGUGUCAGCACUGCACCUGCGGCUUCAAACCCACUGCUGGAGGCUCUGAAGAUGAAGGUCAGCACUCCUGCUAGCUCCAUGUCUGCUGCCAGCACAACCACAGUGUCUGCAUCAACCACACCAGUGCAACACACUGGCCUAAACCUGAAGGCAACAACUGCGGUGGAUUCCCCUCAUCCUCCCCCUGUCUCCCAGUCUCAGUCCUCAUCUGCUGGUGUGGAGCAGCCCUCUGCCUUUACUCAGGUCCUGGGUCAGGUCAUGAAGUCUUCCAGCAGCACCCCACCUGUAACAGGAGCAGCCCUUUUUGGACUGACCAGCCAGAACAGCCCCCUCUCUGCUCCUACUACAGCCUCCAACCUGGGCACUGCUACUACUGCCCCAGCCAGGAGCUCUGAGUCAGUCACUAACACAAACCCUCUGCCGGCUUCAGGGUUCAAGCCCAUCUUUUCCGUCACCACCACCCCAGCUACAUCAGUUCCAGAGAGCAAACCUCCUGUCCAAACCUUCAAGCCCAUCUUUGGAGGUGCCACUGCAAGCGCUGGCUUUGGACAGCCUGCACCCCUCACAACCUCUAACCCAGCCUCCACAGUUUCUUCAAGUAGUACAUCCUCAAUAUUUGGUGGAUCGACAACCAGCACCACAGCUGCCACAUCUGUUUUUCCUGGCUUUACCAACACCCCCACUUGCACAUCCUCCACCAGCUCCAUCACCACCACCACCACACAGCCUGCAGCCCAGCCAGGUGUGAAAUCCCUCUUUGGAAAUUGGUCCGCACCAUCCACAACAAGUACCAGCUCAGCCGCAGCACAGGUCCCUAAUACAGGGAGCACAUUUCAGUUUGGAACUGUUCCCACCACUACUGCAGCUGCGUCCGCCCCGGCUGCUGCUACCACAACCGCCAGCAAUGGCACCUUCUCAUUUGGUGUCACACAGCCGGACCCUCAAGCUGCCAACAAGAAGGUAUUUGCAUUUGGUCAGCCAGCACCCAGCCAGAACUCAACCACCACUUCAUUUGGAGGCUUUGCUAUGUCCAAUUCUGCCCCCACCACUGCUACUGCCCCCACCCAGUCCACUUUCGCCUUCGGAAAGUCGCCGUUUGAAGCGCCAGCACCGCAGUCAACCUUUGGCGCCUCAGCAGCACAAACAAAACCGUUUACUUUUGGAGGCAGCGUAGCAUCAUCCACACCUGCCUCUAACCCUGCCCCAGCUCCUUUCGCUUUUGGGGCAGCCGCUGCCGCCACCACCACCGCAGCAACCACAUUUGGGACCCCAGCUAAACCACCAUUUGGAGCAACUUCCACUGGUUUUGCUUUUGGUAGCUCCGCUGCUCCCCCAGCUGCACCCCCGGCUGCACCCAGCUUCGGUGCAGUGACACAGACUCAGAGCUCCUCCUCAUCAACGUUCACGUUUGGUGGUGCUCCUGCUCAGCCAGCUCCCACCGGCCCUUCUCAGCCUGCACCCAGUGGAUUUAACUUUGGUGCUGCUGGUAUGGCCUGCCCUCAGUUUGGAACACCUGUCUCCAAUAAUCCUGCACCACAUAUGGGAAACUUCAACUUUGGGGCUGCUACUACUGACAAACCAGCUUUUGGGACGUCAACCCCAUCCUUCGGCCAGAGUGCGGCUGCAGGUCCAAUUCCCUUUGGAAGUCCUGGAACUCCGGUCCAAGGCUUCAACGCUGCUCCUUUUGGGUCUCCAGGGACUCCCUCCUUCUCUAUUGGAGCUGGAUCUAAGCCAUCCGGAGCACGCCAGAGGCUGCAGGCGCGGAGACAACACAACAGGAAGAAGUAGCCUGCUACAAGUGUCUAUAUCACCACUUUCAGGGGACUUCAGCUGCUGCUGCUAUGGCUAAUCUGGCUAACAUUGCUCUGUUCUAAGCUCAACAACCACCAAACAGGCCGCCAACAUUCCCUCUGCUUCUUUCACCUCCUCCAGCGGGUUUGCGCUGGCCCGAAAACAUUGUUUGCAGAGGAGUUGGAAAGAGCACAACUGCUAGCUGAGUUCAUGCUGCCUGGGUGCCUACAGGACCCAGUGAGGGAACGUAGCAGUGGCGGGAUAGAACCCAGAACAAUGUACAGUACUUGAAGAUAGCGGGAAAGGACGAUUGAAUAGUUUUGAUUCCGAACAAAAGCAUAUCCAAAGUUCUUUUUCCUUUUACAGUAUGUGGACACUCCCAUUGGUUCGUCUUAAGGAGAAAGUUGAGUCAGACAAAGACACGGAGCCUCGGCUCAAACAUUUAUUUUUUUACGUGAAGCGCUCACUGGUUUGUAUGUCGCUGAAUAUUUGAGUACGUUCUCUGAAUGAGUUGAGGUGAAAUGCACAGUUGAUUCAGAUGAGGUACACAACGCUGCAGUGUAAAUGUAAAGUUAUGAGUCGUGUGCAUUUUAAAUUAUUUUUUUAAUUGGCUCUCUGACCCUGUAAAUGAAUGGCGUGUGUCUGCACUUCAGAGCAACUUAGUUAAUGUCUUAAUGUAGUUAGAGGAGACCCUUGUGUUCUUGUUUCAUACUUUGUCAUUGCAAGCAUUCCCAGAGUCCUCAUGUGGACAGCCUUGUUUUGGUAGCGAUUGCCAACACUGAUGUUAUUACUGAGUCGGUAUGUGAUUAGGAUGACUACUCUUGAUUUGUGCUGUCAAACCAAAGCCAAUUCUUCAUCGUCAUGCCUGUGAAAACAAUCUUUGAUCUAUAUCUCAUCUUUAAACCCUGAGAUGUUUGUUUAUACCAGACUACCUCUGUACUCCCAGGCACUGAAUUCUUGUUAGUUCACUGAAAAAUAUCAAACCUGACAGCAUUGGCUAGAUCAAUUUUAAUUUUUCCCCCUUCAACUACUGUUAAUACAUUUGUACCUUAAUAAAUAUGGUGAGGAUUGUUUUUUUAAAACAUUUUCCCCACGUCUGAAAUAUCACUGUUACAAUAGAUUUGACCACAUUGAAUGAACAUCAGAUCUGUCACAAUUACCUGCCAGUAGUUCUCAUAAUGACACAGGGAUCUUAAUGUCUCUUAUUUGCACAAUGAGGUGAGGAAUUUUGUCAAGCAAACAUGGCAGUUUACCCAUUGAUGUCAGUAGUCAAUUAUUUUAUCAAACUUUAUUUUCUGUAAUAAUGACCUCUUUUUUGUGAAACGUGAGCAGGAUCUGAUGCAGUUUUUGAUGACUGAUUUUGAAAGAAUAAAAGCUGAAUUUUGGACAAGGAUGUUCCAGCAAGAACAUA